AUGGACGAUUCUUGGUCUUCGUACCUUACAAAGAUAAAAAGGGUGUUUAAAAAGGGCACAUCUAAAGCUCCGAAUAAUGACAAUAAAAAUAAAAACUAUAAAAAAAACCUACACGAUGAUAACACUACAAUUGAUGAGCAAGUUGAAAUUGCAAAUAUGCCAGUGACUGACAUGAGUAUCUCUGAAAAGAAGAGACUGCUUUCCAUUCAGGGCCAUCAACAGCAACUUGCAUCAGUACCACGGUCACUUUCGAUAGCUGCCGAGAUCAACGGGGGGAAAACGAGUGGAUCUUAUUUGAAUUUGAUGCAAAACUACAAGAAUGAGAGUGAAGAAUUGUUCAAUGAUUUAGAAAGACGGAUAGUCUUGAGCUCAGCUCGAAAAGGUAAUAACGAAGGCACCAGUGGUAACAACAACAGCAAUCGCCACAACCACCACCACCACCACCACAAUAACAACAACGGAAAAGAAAAUGUCGACGAUUCCAACACAAUAGAAAGCACUGCGAAUAAAAGCAGUACUUUUCCUGACAGCAAAGAGGUUUCACCCAUAGUGGAGUUGCCCUAUGUGGCCCAUACUGGAAUUGACGAUUUAGCUUAUGCGGAAGCUUCUGAAGAUAUACUGCAAUCUACGGAUAUCUUUGCAAGCAGAAACAGUUAUUUCAAACCUAUAUUUUUGCAUGUUGAUCCUCGCGAAAGGAAUCGAGUAGUGCUUCAAAAGCGAACAAUGCAGCUUCUUGAGCCAGAAAUCAAUCCAAAUGGGAAGAGAUACAAGAAGAUGCGAUACAAUACCACUUUGGACGAAACAAUGACUGAGGAUUCUGGACAUAUCAAUAAAGUGAAUUGCGGCACACAGACAACUAACACUACGCUUCUAGAUUCUGUUCUUAGUUUUAAACAGAGUCGUAAACGGAAGUUGAUAGACGAGGAACGAGGAAAUAAUGCGUCAAAACAAAACAAACGAAUAAAGAAACAAGGGUUUGUAAUGAAGGAUUUUUAUUACGACGUGUCUCAACCCCCUGAAAAGACCAUAAAAGCAGAUUUGAACUAUGACAACAGCAUUCCUGUUCCAAAAUUCUCUCAGAAAUCAUUAAAGAAAGUUGGUAUCACCAACUUGCAACCGCAGCAAGAUGAUGACAUCGAUGACAAUACAGUUUUGGAUUUCAGAAAUGGUACCACUAGAAGAGAUAAAAAUCGCAACUUAACAAAGAGUAAAAUCAAUUUGGAGCUUGAUUCCGAUUUUGUAAAGACCAAACAAUCGAUUGGAGAUAUUAUUAAGAUCAGAGAUUGGAAAGUUGAGGAGGCUGUCGCUGGUAAGGACGGUGCAAAGAAACAAGACUAUGUAAAGCCCUCACCUGGAUUUAAAUUUGAAGUUAACGAAGCUCCUUUUAAGGAGAUUUUAAAGUCUUCUAAUUCUGACUUACCGGAUAAUACGAUGAGCGUAGCAUCUUCGACAAAGUCGGCAUUUAACGCAAACCCUAAAACGAUGGAGGUAUCAGACGCAGGAAAUUUUGGAGACAAGGCAUCAUUGUUUUCUUUUGGUAACAACACUAACACUAACACUAACACUAACACCAACACCAACACCAACACUAACACCAACACUAACACCAACACCAACACUAACACCAACACCAACACCAACACUAACAAUAACACUAACAAUAACACUAACACUCUCGAAGCCAACUCUGGUGGCCCAAAAAUGUCGUCAGGUAAAUCAACCAAAUCGGUUUUCAAGUUUGACCAUGCAUCAGUUAAGCAAGGUGAUGAUACCAAGUCAAAAACAAGCCCUGGCAUUAAACCUAAAUUUUCUUUUGGAAACACCACAACAACAUCAUUGGCAGGUGAGAAAGCUCCAGUGUUUAAAUUUGGCGGUAAAUCAGAGGAUGAUACAGCCGAAGAAGGUACAACGAAUAAUCCUUCUUCCUCGACUUUUAAUUCAAAAACAACACAGGCACCACCACUCUUCAAAUUCAAUCCCACUGUUAACCAAAGCAAGAUGGAGGAUCGGGCCGAGAACAAAUCCGAAACAAUUGUUCUGAGCAAUGCCAGUAAUAAAUUUUUUGAUGCUGGUAUUAAAGAGGUUGCCACACGGGAUCUGGAAGAUGAAGGUGCACCCAAGCGCAAAAAACCUAUGAGCCAGAUAACUGGAAAUUAUGCUGAAGAUACACCCAAAAGCGAUAAUUCCUCUCUAGAGACCGGAAUGAGUGGUACUCCCGCUAUCAGUUCCAACUCGCUCUUCAAUUUCGCUCGCUCAAAGAAUGAUGCUAAGAAGGGACUUUUUGCAUUUACGAAUAAUUCCAGCACCAUCAAGAGGACGAAAGAGGAUGGGCUUGAAGAAACCUCAAGCACUUUUACAAAAGCUGCUACGGGUGAUUCCCCCGCAAAUGCUACUGAAACGAGUUUAUUAAACUUUAGUGCACCUGGUACUAGAGUUGAUGCAAAUGUUACGUCAGAUACAGCUGCCACUGGCAAAGUCAAACCUGCCUCCUCUGCUUCAUCCUUUUCGUUUACGCCGUCAUCAAUGAACCAAAAUAGCGAAAAGAAAGAUGGAGUGGCCGCGCUUGCAGAAAGCAAAGGUUCUUCUGCCACGAAUCUUUUUGAUUUCAGUAAAAGUGCAAGUAAUUCUCAAGCAAAGCCUUUUUCAUCACAAAAGCCAUCUGAGGAAUUGACUCCCAAACCAUCGUUUGUGUUUGGUGGUGCACAAAGUAAAGAAUCUAGCACUACUCCCAAACCAUCGUUUGUGUUUGGUGGUGCGCAAAGUAAGAAGUCUACUCCGGCAGAUCCUACUGCACCAACAGCGUCAACGGCAUCUACUGCAGAUCCUCCUGCACCAUCAUUUGGCAAUUCCUUAUUUGGAGGUCAAUCUGCAUCAAGUGCUCCAAAACAAGCAGCACCGUUUACGUUUGCUCAACCUUUGAACUCACAAAACAAACCCACUUUAGAUGCUCGUUCAACCACCCCAACACCCGCACCUAUGUUUGCACCAAAGUCUGCACCAGCUUCGGGAUCAGUGCCAGGAUCAAUAGCAAGGUUUGAUUUCAAGGCAACGGUUCCUCAUUUGUCGCAAAAUGCACCACUGUUUAAUUUUACUGGUAGUAAGGACCCAACACCUGAUCCAGCUACGAUAUUUGGUAAUCAUUCUCGUGGAAGUAGGGAGUCAACACCGUUUGGUUCCAGUAAUGGUGCAACAGUUGCAGGGUUUGGACAGGUUCCUCCUUCACAGCUGCAACCAUCGCAGCAGCAGCUGGUGGGUAUGUUUGGUCUAUCGCUGCUGCAACCGCAACCAGCACAACCAUCGUUUGCUAGUGGUUUUGGGCAAGCUCCCACGCUGCAAUUUUCAUUCAACGCAGGUCUGCAACAAACCACUAAUUCUGGAUCCCUCGGCUUUGGUGCUAAUCCGAACACUGUCGGUAAUUUUGGAGGAUUUGGCGGGUUUGGUGCUGGCGCUGCCGGUGUAUCUUCUCCAACACCAUCCGCUGGAUUUCCUGUGAAAACCCCGCAAGUCAAUCCACGUCGAGUGAUUGUACCCAGAAGUAGGAGAAGGUAA